ACAGCACUUCGGCGAGGCGUCGUGGUCGACGCGCUGAGAUGGACGAAGACACUGACCAAAAGAUUUUCAAGUAUUAUCAAGAUCGACUUUGGCUUCUCACCACUGACUCCUCGCAGGAUGAUGUCAUUCGGGAAUACGAUGAGUGGGCCGAAAAUUAUGAUCAAAGUAUGCAAGAACCCAACUACCAUGUACCUCGACCAUUUGCCAGGCAGUUCGACGCUACAAGGGGCAAGCUGUUUCCAAAUAUCGACAAGAAAAAUUUUAAGGUUCUUGACGUGGCAGCUGGAACAGGCCUGUUGGGGUUAGAAUUAAACAAACUUGGAUAUCAAAAUAUUGAUGCCCUUGAUAUGUCGCAAGAAAUGCUAAACAGAGCUAGGAAUAAAAAUAUCUACAAAAAAUGUAUCUGCGCCGCCAUGACUGAUCAGCGGAUAAACGGUAUCGAGACCGCAGAGUAUGAUGCAUUGACAUGCAGCUCGGCAGUAUGCACUACGCAUGUCCGACCCAGUGCAUUUGAGGAGAUGAUAGAAAUUGUAAAACCAGGGGGGGUUCUGUGCUUCAAUAUAAGUCUCGUUGAAGAAAAAUCUUAUGAAGAAAAACUCAAUGAGUUGGAAAAUAAAGGAAAAUGGCGACUUGUUCUCAAGNUCAUUUUCUACGUUACACAGGCUAAAAAGAAAAUUAUAACAUAA